UCGGAAGAGGAUCCUUUGUGUCUCGUCCGUGUCUGUGUUUGGUUCUGAUUACUGUUACUUGUACCGGUACUCGUACUUCUUCUUCACGACACAAAAUUCAAAAUGCACCAGGACAGAACAAGUUACGCAGUCCCCUCCGAACAGUACGCCGCGGUGCGGUGUAGAUCUCCACCCAAUGGAAGCAUCCAGGCAUAGUCAGACGCACCGGCUGAAAAAGAUGGUUGCCAUCAUUGCCACGGCGGSCGCUUUCUCGACAGUAUGGAGGACGAUGCCACCAGUAACGAUUGGUAUGCAGCAGCAGCCCCUGGAUGCGGAGCUUUCUCUGGCGGCUCCCGAUGGCGAUCCUUUGGAAUCCAAACAAGGAGGGGGAGCACCACCAAAUUACCGGCCGCUUCCGGAUCCCGUAGUGCUUCCCUUGCCCACGAGCGGAGACGGAACGAAUCGUCCCUAUUUCGUCAGGGUCACAACGAGGAGGAAAAAGCAAACAAAAAUGACGACGACGACGACGACGACGACCACCACCACCACCACCACCACAAUCCCAAUCACAAGUACAAGGAGUUCGAAUGACACCCAUAGUCCUAGAAUGAGCACCACCACCGAUGUUGUUGUGGACAGCGAGGCGCAUUCAUACGAUAAAGAGCACCGUGGAUAUUACCUAGUCGCCACGAACUACCCCUGGUCGGUCGUUUUGCCAAAUCCCGGAACUGAGAACGAGAACGAGAACGAGAACGAGAACGAAAGCAGGCGCAAACAGCAAAACACUUCCUUCUCGUCGUCGCAGGGCUUUUUGGAACGAACGUCCGUGCAGGCCUCGGACUACCGCUGCGACAUUGUGGCCACGAACGGCGGCCCCUUCGACGAGGGCGGGAUCUGGAACUCGGGACCCACGGUCCGAAACGGGGUCCUCGUGCGGACCAAACCCGGUGCCAACGCCACCAAUUUUGUAGGGUUUGGCACCGCGACCGAGCAGCGGACAAGCACCGAUGGCGAUGGCGACGGAGACAGCGGCAAUGGCAGCGAAAAGCGCUACUGGAUUCUCGGAACCUACGGCCAGCUGCUGGAGGCCCUGCCAGCCGCCACGCCGCAAGCCACGGCCGUUUGGGACUUUGUGACCGGCUUUGGAUGGCURGUCUACCACGGAAGGCCGGUGUYCCGGGACAGCGAUCCCACGGGGGCGGUCCGUGCCCCGCGCACCGCCAUUGGAUUGGACGGGGAUUCCAACCUCUUGGUGCURGUGGUAGACGGAUGCGAACACUGGUACGUUGUCUUGCGUCGCGCUCCGCCGUGGUAUGCGUGGUUUUGCUACAAACCGAAGCAAUCGUGUCACUACUAGAUGGUUGGUUGGCAUGAGACGAUGGAUUGGUUCGCCGAGCCGCCACUAGACAGCACSCGAGACGAUCUCAYCUCAUUGCGCUGCAAUUUGAUCACGAACCUCUGACGUCCCUCUUCAUCUACKYACGUGUUGAUGKUUCCCUUUGAUUUGUGGUGUCUGCGUUUCGGGUGAUUAUUUCCAAGCCUCCGCCGAAAAGGCCCGACACUGGAAGAACUCGCCGACCUCAUGGUGGACCUCGGUGCGGUCUACGCCAUCAAUAUGGACGGUGGGGGCUCCUCGACCAUGGCCAUGCCUUUUCCACUACCGGCGAGGUUUGGUUCGAACGGAUCGAACAACGGCACGGUGGCAUCGGAUCCGGACCAAUCGAACCGAAAGCAUGGCUAUGCGGUGAUUAAUCGCCCCACGUGCCUGGACGUCCCGUUUCCGCACUGUCAGCGCAAGGUAGCUACGGUUCUGUGCGUAUCGUCCGAUGGAGCAAUCUAGCGGAAUUUGGGACGGAUGCAUUGCAAUGCA